AUGCUCGAGCGCCAAGCCUCGCGGAGCCUGCAGGCGCUGGAGAGCCUCGAGAAGAGCCUCGUAUCGCUCAAGCUCAAGCGCAGCAAGCUCCGCUCCAAGCAGGCAGGUCUCAGCGACCAGGACGUCUACGGCGCGCAGCUCUACGCCAAGAAGCUCGCCCUGCUCGACGCCAGCGUCGCCGACCUUCAAGCCCGCAAGGAGGACGCGUUCCGCGUCGAGUUUUUCGACCCAGAGAAGGUCCCGCUGUUCGCUGCAGCGUAUGGCGUUGUCAAGGUACUCCAAGACUUUGUGGCGACGAUGACACCCGCGACGAGCGCGUUCCUCGAGCAGCGCGACGAGACGACCGGCAGUACGCCGCUUCUUAUGGCCUGCAGCAAAGGCUACGUCGACUGCGCCAAGAUCCUUAUCGCGGUCGGCGCCCACGUCGGCGCCAUCAACAGCACGGGAUCUACGGCGCUGCACUGCGCCGCAGCGGCCGGCCACCCCGAGGUCGUCCAGCUCCUCCUCGCCGUGCCGUACUUUGACCCGUACGUGCGCAACCAGCGUCAGCUCACAGCACUGCAUGUCGCACGCAUUGCAUGCCUCGAGCACGACCACUGGGCAAGCUUUGAAGAGUGUGCCCGGCUGCUGGAAGAGCGCUGCAGCCUCUACCGCGGGUGGCUCUACGAAAGCGUCGAGUCGCCACUUGUCAAGAUGCCGCUGGGCCUCCGCCCGUGGAAGCUGAGUAGGUUUGUCAUCGUGUUGCGGACCGACGUGCGCUCGACGUCGCUCGAAAUGUCGUUCUUCGACGCCAAGCAAGGCAGCCGCCUCCCGCCCGUGCCGAGCUCGACGGUUCUGUACAAGCUCGGCACGCCGAUGGUGAAGCCAGGCACGCAGCGUGCGUUUGGCAACAAGGAUCAUUCGUUCUACUUUGCCGGCGCCCACCGAACGCACGAGGACCAGCCCAGUGUCAUGCGCAAGCUCGAGUGCGCGGCCUUGGACGCAAAUGGCUUGGCGUCAUGGUCGAUCUUCUUUGAUACCUACAGCAUGACGAAAGAUGUGCCCGACCCUUUGCUCGUGCCACUUGUCGCGGCGACGCCGCCACCGCCGGCCACCGAGACCCCUUCCAUGCUGCAGCAACUGCCCCGCCGGUCUCGCCGCAGCCUCUCCGAGCUGACGUCGGCCGAGUCGAACGCUCAAGUUGCGGAGGCGUCGUCGGUGCUGCAGCUUCCAUGGCGGACCCGGCGCGGCCACUCGGAUACCAAGCCAAUGGCGAACGAGACAUCGUCGUCCGUGUUGCAAGUGCCGUGGCGCCAACCCAGCCUCUCGGAGCCCAAGCAGCUCGCUCUGCCCGAGCCCGAGGCAGCAGGAGAGGUCGCGCCGUCGGCACCGCUCUUGUCGCCGAUCAACAAGGUCGUUGCCGCCAGCGCCCCGCCGCUGGACGAGAGCGGGCUGCUCAAUCUGGCCGGCCAGCGCGAGUGCGUCGUGUGCUUUGACGGUCCACAGAGCGCUGUCUGCGUCCCGUGCGGGCACAACGCCGUCUGCAUGCGCUGCGCCGACCACCUUCUCGCGGCGCCCGUGAAGCAGUGUCCCGUGUGUCGAUCGCCCGUGCGCGAAAUCAUCCGGCUCUUCCAAUGCUAA